AUGACAGACCGUCAGACUCUGAUGGCGUUUCUGACUGCGAACCUGCUGAUCGUCAACAUGCUGCUGAGUCUCUUCUUUCUUCCAGGUGCUGAUUACUGUUCUGGUCAAACACCAGCUCUCAUCAUCACUACACCAAAUAUCUUGGAAGCUCUGACUGGAUCUUGCUUGCAAAUCCCAUGUACCUAUGAAACAGAACAUCCUACAUAUAACAGCAGUAAAACUAUCUAUGGAGUUUGGAUAAAAGGUGGUAUAAAUCUUUUGUCCAGUCCAGGCAUUAUUUUCCACAGCAGUGGGUCAAUUAACAACUAUUCACUGGAUAUAACUGGAAACCUGAAAGAGAAAAAUUGCACCACUCUGUUUCCCAAUUUAACAACAAGAUAUACAGACAAAUACUUCUUCAGAGUUGAGAACGGGGCAUUCAGAGCGACGGCCAUUGAUGAUCCUCUUCAAAUAACAGUUAAAGAUUCUCCUUGGAGUCCCAGCAUUAAUGUGACCUCUGACCUGAAGGAGCAUCAGUCUGUCACUGUAACCUGCUCAGCUUUCACUCCCUGUCCAAACUCACCUCCUGAACUCACCUGGAAUCUCCAACAAGACUCUCUCAGACACACAGAGAAAAACACAGAUGGAACCUUUACAACUAAAAUCCAGGAGAACAUCACUCUGUCAGACACACAUGAUGGAUACAACAUCAGAUGUUCUGCCAGAUAUCCUGUGAUUGGAGGAAACAAGACAGCAGAGACAGAAGUGACUCUCAGUGUUUCAUAUGCUCCUAAAGACACCUCAGCAUCCAUCAGUCCAUCAGGUUUGGUGUCAGCAGGUAGCUGGGUGGAGCUGAGCUGCUCCAGCAGAGCCAAACCUCCACCCACAUUCACCUGGUUCAGGAUCAGCGAACAUGGAGACAUUAAUGUGUCUGUGGGGCAGAUUUACAGCUUCAAUGCCACUGAGGGAGGAGAGUUUUACUGUGAGGCUUCAAAUGAUCUGGGUCAACAAAAAUCAUUUGUGAUUCUUGUUGAUAUAAAAGAUGAUAAAGCAUCUGAAUUCCAGAUCCUUAAUAUAUUGAAGAUCCUGGGGAUUGUAUUGCUCUGCACUGGCAUCAUCAUCUUUGAGUGCUGGUUCAGAUUCUGCAACAAACCAAAAAAGGAACCAGAAGAACCAAUCUAUGUAAACCAUGCGAUGGUGACUAAAACACAAUGAGCCACAAGGAAUCCAAGAAGAUGUCAAAGCCUGUCAGAGAGAUGAUUUAUUAUUUCUAUCCAAUAGUUCAAGUUU